AUGACGUUAUUUCCACUGUUGUUGCUCCUGGCUGCUGUGUUACCUCCGUCCCUUCUUCAAGUACUUUUAAAAGAUAUGAAUUUUGAGGAUUUGAUAACCUCUAAAGAGUCAGUCCAAGAAGAGAUUGUAAACAAGCACAACCAACUGAGAAGAAUGGUUUCUCCACCUGGUAGUGACUUACUAAAGAUGCAAUGGAGCAAUUAUGCCCAAGUGAAUGCACAGAAAUGGGCAGACCGGUGCUAUUACACACCCAGUCUUCAAGGAGACAGGACCACUGACAUAAGAUGUGGUGAGAAUGUCUUCAUGUCACGUUACGCAGUAUCAUGGUCUCAUGUAAUCCAAAGCUGGUAUGAUGAAUCCAUAGAUUUCAGGUUUGGUUCAGGCCCAAAUCCAACUGAUGCAAUAGUUGGAAAUUAUACUCAGGUUAUUUGGAACACAUCUUUCCAAGUUGCUUGUGGAGUUGCUAAGUGCCCUUACCAAUUACUGGAAUAUGUAUAUAUUUGUCACUAUUGUCCUCUUGGUAAUACUGUAAGACGGCAAUACAUUCCUUACACAGUGGGAGAACCAUGUGCCCUUUGUCCUGAUCACUGUGACGAUGGACUAUGCACAAAUAGUUGUGAAUAUGAAAAUAAGUACGUUAACUGUGCAGAGUUGAAGACUUCACUAACCUGUGAUUAUCCAAUGGUUAAACAAAACUGCAAUGCUACAUGCAACUGUGAAGGCAAAAUUCAUUAA